UCGAAUUGGACUCGAAUGUUCUCUCCCGAAGUUCCGCGCGAUGCGCCAAUAGCGCGCAGAGAGACCGGCGCGGCCAAUGAGCGCGCCCGACCAAUCGGCGCCAUCCGAGUCUCCGUGUUCGCGCGCGACCGAGUUCAGCCUGAAGUCGCGCGACUUUCGUCCGCGUCCGGCGCCGACGUCUCAAGGUUCCGUCCGUGUCGGUGGCCGAACGGUGUCAAGGCGCUCGCCUUGAUCGACAAUGCCCGCCGGCGAAACGCCGUAGCGUUUCUCGCGCAGCGGCACGGCUGCCGUCGAUUCGCGAGGCCACGCCACCACCUUCCGCUCCGCCCGGCGGCCCAGCAGACGACGCGCCGACGGACCCGCGGGGCGGUAGGAGCGACUGGGAGCGCAACGUCAACGUGCAAACAUGGCGUCGGCAACGUCGUAGUGCCUAACCACGAGGUGCCUCUGCUGAUGGACGACGACACGAUUGCUUUCGGGGAGGAGGAGGAGGCCGCCCAGAAUGCCGGCAAGCUUAAACACCCGUACGUUACGCUGUUUCACUUGGCCUUCAGGAUAGCGGCUAUAAUAGUUUACUUGCUUUGCGGUUUGUUUUCGAAUAGUUUCAUAGCGAGCUUUGUAACGGUGGUGCUACUUUUGUCGAUGGAUUUUUGGACCGUUAAAAAUAUCACGGGGAGAUUAAUGGUCGGCCUUAGAUGGUGGAAUUAUGUGGAUGACGAUGGCAAAAGUCAUUGGAUUUUUGAGUCUAGAAAGGGUGCACAACAGAAUCGCAUUAACGCAACAGAGGCGCGAAUCUUUUGGUUGGCCCUGAUCUUGUGCCCACUUUUUUGGUCGAUGCUGUUCAUCGCGGCGUUAUUUAGCUUCAAAUUCAAGUGGCUUCUGCUCGUUUGCAUCGCCAUAGUUUUGAACGGCGCGAAUCUGUACGGCUACGUUAAAUGUAAGAUGGGAAAUGAUCAAAACAUUUCAGCGGCCACGAGCGAUUUCUUCAGGAAGCAAGUGUUUCAGAACGUCACUUCAAUCAUGACCAGAAGUCCACCAACGAAUAAUUCCAAUCAACCGACUAAUGUAAUAUAAAUUGAUCAAUUUGGCAACAUUAAUGUAUAUGUGCGUGUGUGUCAUUUAAAAUUUAUAUUCACGUGAUAAUUUACUACUUGCAGAUGUUUGUACAUAAUAAUAAUGUUAGACAGUAUCUUCUAAGUACAAUAUUAUAUAAUAAAUCGUUAUCAAUCUUCACAUACCGCCCUACUGCUACUUGAC